CACACUAUAGAGAAGUUUGUUAAAUUGUUAUGGAGCGCACACAAUAGCGCCGUCCGGCUUGGAAGGAAGUCGCCUGUUAAUCUUUUUUAAUUUUUAUUUUGUGAAAGUGUUUUUAAAAAUGAGGCUGUUAAUAAAUGUGGUGAUUUGUUUUCUGUGCUGCAAUUUGUCACUGGCCAGUGACACGUACAGAGCUGGAGUCGUCAGUUCUAUCCGAUCCGAUCCAGGAAGAUAUGUGUCAUAUAUAAAACAAGCAGCUAAAUUGAAUGUGGACAUCCUAGUCUUCCCACCACCAGAUGAAUCAUCUUUUGAGACUAUGACUUCCGUGUCGGAUGAUUAUGAUGAAGUAGUGAAAACGUUGUCAGAAGCAACCAAACAAGCGAGACUAUAUGUGGUCGCACAUUUGUAUGAGACGGUUAGAUGUCAAAAUGUAAAUGUGACGAUCAGAAGCAACCUGGUCUUCGAUAGGGAGGGAUCUAUAAUCUCUGAAUAUAGAAAACCAGUGAACAAUAUUACCAACUGUACCUCGGUUGAGACGGAUUUCGGCGUUUUCAAAACGGAUUUUAAUGUUACUUUUGGAUUACUUAUGGAAGAGGAUCUUGUCCUUAGAAGUCCUGAGGCUUUUAAGGGCUUGAAGAACUUCGUGAUGACUGGAACUUGGACUACGGAGAUACCAUAUUUGAGCGCAAGCAAAUUCUCAUCGUCUUGGGCGUUCGUGAACAAGGCAAAUCUGGUAUCUCCUGAUGGUAUUUCUGACGACACUCAUAUGCUGAUGAGUGGUGGACUGAAGUUUACUGAUCUGUACAAACGUGUCGGCGAAGAUAUGGCAUUUAAAGUACCUGUAGUACAUUUGAGGAAGCAGAGGAUUUUCCUUGGAAAAGACUUACCUCAUUACGUCACUAAACCGAUGAAUUUGGAAGCCAGUAGGGAUGGCUACGAAGAAACGGUAUGCCACGACAGUUUCUGCUGUGAAUUUUAUAUCAAGACUAGAUUUGUGGGGUCCAAAUCUAUCGAUGCUGACUACGUGCUAGCUGCGUUUAGAGGGACUCGUUAUUUCGGCCAUGGACAACACAUCGGGAUUGAAAGCUGUGCAGUAUUUACCAAUUCAUCACAGAAAUGCUUUUGUUCUACCGAAAAUGAAAAUAACGCGAUCGGCCUGGCAUUUGAUAAGGUGACAGUUAUUGGGAAUUUUACUAAUGGUAAUUCUAACUAUCCUAUCGCCCUGUCUACAGGAGAACAGUUUGAAGCGAAGCAAUUCUCCUUUGUUAGUGAAUUUGCAGGGAACACUGAACAGGUCGUUGUCGAAUUAAAAUUUAUUGAAAGUCUAACAGGCUUCGGAAUUGUCAGCAGAGAUUUUUCCAAAGACUUCGUAAGCGUACGCGACAUGGAAAGCAGUUAUAAAAACAAUUUUGAUAUUUACGAUUACAUUUUCCAUGAAAAUGUACUAGAAUUCUUUGAUUAUGUUUGGAUUAGACUGAGGAUAUUAAUUUUCGUUGUAUCGAUUUAUAUAUUGGAAAUGAUCUAAAUAUUACGAAGCUUCAGUUCCUUAACUAGUCAGAAGCUUUUUAUUACGAUUAGGUAUAUCGUAAUUAUUUUUGUAAUUCCCAUUUUGAAUUAAUUGUAAAUUAAAGUAAUUAAAAUUAAAUUAUGAAGUUACACUUGUUUACAAUUUCCAAGUGUUUUUUUAAUUACUUUUUUUAUUACAAUUAUUUAAAUUUACUUGUUAAAGUAUUUUGAAAUUUCACAAGAAGGAAAUUAAUGUCUUAUUUAGUUAAGUUGUAAAAAUUCUUUUCCAUGUUAGCAAAUUGUUAACUUGCGAAAAGAAUUGGGAGAUUUGAUUUUUUAAGUCUUUUCUAAUUAACGUUAAGCACUUAUUUUUUAAUUUUGAGGUACCUAAGAAAAUUUCAAGAACUAUGAAUUUAAUUAAGUAAUACAAAUUUAAUUAAUAUUAAAUUGUAUACUUAAUGACAAAGUAUUAUUUACUAGAUUUGCCCCUUGUCUUUUUUGGAGGUAUUAUUUUUUUUUUGUAACUGAUUUUUACGUGUAUGCCGUACAAAAGUAUUGUUAAGUUUUUUUAGUCUCUUUUAAUAAUCACACUAAUAAUACAGUAAUAUUACUAUGUAAUCUCACAUAAAACAGUUAUUUAAUUAUUAUCACAAUAUGUUCAAUUUUCUGAGAAUUAAUUAACGUAUUACCACCGUACGUACGAUUGCCCGUCAAUUAAUUACUUUAUUACUACUAUAUGUAGAGUUGCCUAACAAUUAAUCAAUUUAUUACCAUCGUAUGUACAGUUGCCCGUUAAUUAAUUAUUACCACAUGUACAACUGUAUGUUAAUGGAUUGUUAUUGAAUAUAUUAAAUUGAUAUAAAUCGUAUUACUGUUAGCAUAAUUGUAAUGUUAUAUUUGGUUUAUACAUACUUGCUCAAUGUAUUAAUAUUUCAGUCAUUUAAUUACGUAUAUGUAUAAAGCCUCAAACGACUGAAUCCUGUGAUACUAGUAUUUUAAAUGAUGGUGAAUAGAAAAUAGACAUUUUUUUUUAUUA